UCCCGUCAUUUUCCCCGUCUUGAAAAAAAAUCAGAUUUACUCUUUGGCCAAAAUAAGGUGUCAAAAUCGGUGGCGGAAUCGAAAACAAGUGUUAUCUGAGUAAAAAUAACCAAAUUAUUACAUUUUUUUAAAUGAACUUUCGCAAGCAUCAUGGCUGAUGUCAAAACGUUGUUGAAAGAAGCUAGGAAACUUAUCGACGAGAAGAACUAUAGCGAAGCUCAAGAAUGCUGCAAGAACAUUUUACGCAAUGAUAAAAAGAAUUACUUUGCACUAGUCCUGCUUGGAAAAUCUCUUCAAGAUUCUGAACAAGCACCCCUCGCAUACCAAAAAGCAAUAUCCACAAAACCAGACCAUCCUCUAGCAUGGCAUGGUCUUGCCAACUAUUAUGAAAGGAACAACGACGACUUUCUGAAAGUAAAAUUAUUUUCUAUUUAUGAUGAAAUAUUGAAAUUACAAAUUGAGGAAGAUAAGGUCCUUGAAAUAAUUGAUAAGCUGGGACAACUUGGAUGUUCCCUCAAAAAUAAUGAGUCCAUCAGCAUUUUAACUAGAUACUUAAAUAAGGAACUCGAUACUAAAUUUGGAGAAGCAGCUAAGAGACAAUUACUUGAACUCCUGAAUGCAGAUAUCUCUGUAAAAGAGAAUGAAAUACCAUUAGUUCUUGAUAUUUUAUCUAAAAUAUGGAUAAAGGACCCAAGUGAUUCUUUGGAAGUUCUUCAAGGCAAAAUUAUUUUAAAGAAACAUGACUUUACCUCUGCCGUUGAGGAAGUAAUGAAUCUUAACUUCUUUCCAACCAAUGUACAGUUGCGAGAAUAUCUUUGCAAAUUUCUCUGUAAGAAAUUUGUUGAAAAUGAUUCAUUCUGUAAUUUUGCAAUUGAAAAUCAUGUAGACAAGAUAACUGAGGGUAUUGAAAACUCAAAAUACCCAAAUUUGUUAAGAAGUAUAAUUUAUUAUAACAAUGGACAAUAUUUGGAAGCUUACAAAGAAUGUGUGCCAUUAAUAAACUACCAUGAAGCUGAUGUCACAGAAGCUACCUUUGUAAUAAAGUGUACAAUCAUGUUAAAAAAAUGGUCACUUACACAAAAACUUGCUUCAAACUUUUUAACCAAAGCAAAAAAUUCCACAUUUGCUAUUGAAUUAAAAAAGUUUUUAUUUCAGUCACUAGCUCGUCAACAAAAAUGGAGACAAGCAAUAUUAGUAACAAAAGACAUACCAUUACAAUGUCUAAAUGUUAGUGAACAAGCAUUGCUUACAGAAUGUUACAUUGAACUAAACGAGCCUGUUGAUCAUUUAAUGAAGAAGUUAGAAAGAACUGAAUAUUACACUCAACUGCAAUCUUUGCUCCUACUAAAACAAGAAAAGUACAAUGAAGUAGUAACUCUUUUAGAAUCUUCAAAAGAGAAUAUGCUAAAUUUGUUCCAUUUAGGUAGAGCAUAUUGGGAACUUAAACAAUAUGACAAAUGUCUACUGAACCUUCUAAAAGCUGCCAAAAUAAACCCCGAUCAUGGUAAUACAUUUUUGUAUUUAGGACAUUUUUACCAUUAUUAUAAACAGGAUUUAGAAAAAGCUAAGAAAUGUUAUGAAAAGGCUUACAGCCUUGAUAGCAUUGACACUGUCAUUAUCAAAUGUUUAAGUGAAAUAUAUACUAAAUUGAAGCUUAAAGAUGCAGACUUUGAACUGUUGAAUGCAGCUCAAAAAUAUGUAGAAGGUAACAUAACCUGGGUCAGCUUCAGAUUGGGUCUGCAUUAUCUAAACAGAAGAGAUUGGGAAAAUGCAAUCAUAAAUUUUAGAAAUGUUAUCAAAAAUGAACAAAAUAACACCACUGCAUUUGAGUGUCUUGCUGAUGCUUACUACUCCAGAGGCUCUUUCACGUCUGCACUUAGAGCAUACAAGAAGGUGAUGCUUUUAGAUCCUGGUAAGACAUCUCAUUGCCUCACAAGAACUGGGUACAUUCACAACUUGCUUACUCAGUAUGAAGAUGCUAUAAGAACUUUUGAGAAUGUUUUUCUUAUAGAGCCGCACUCUAUUUUGGCUCUAAAGGGUAUUGCAGAAACUUGGAUGAGAAUUGCAAAGAAAAAAGAAACUGCUAAAUUGUAUGGAAGUGCUAAAGACUGUGCACAGCAAGCUAUUAAUUACAUUACCAAAGCAUUAUCCAAACAAAAGCAGUUUUUAUGUUUGUGGAAGCUGCUUGCAGAUAGUUUAAUUUUCAUCACUAAAUUGCCCAACAAAUAUUGCCAUGUAUUUAUCAAGGACUCAUUCAAUGACGCCAAUCAGGAGCUAAUAAAGAAAGGGAAGCUUGAUAUUUUUCCACAAGCUAUUGCUUGUUAUUCUUAUAUUGCAAAACAGAAACAGCAAUUGGCGUCAUAUGAUCUCGCAUCAGCCUAUUUGGACUACUAUCAUGAAACUAAAACAAUUGUAAACUGUAAUAUAUCUUUCAACUUGGCCAUUACUUGCAUUAAAGAAAAACCAUCUUCUUGGCGUAACUGGAAUCUACUUGGCAAAAUAUGCUUAUUCGUAAAGAAAUAUGAUCUUGCUCAGCAUUGUUUUAUAAAAGCUCUUUUGGUUACUCGAAAAUGGUGUGUAGCUAAGAUUUGGUGCAAUUUAGGGACACUAUACCUAAAGCUGAAACUAUUCAAAUUAGCCAACUACUGCUUUUGGCGUGGUCAGUCGACAUUACCGUCGUACCCACAAAGUUGGAUAGGACAAGGCCUAAUAGCAGAAGAAAUAAGGGAAGAAGAAGCUAUGGAUCUAUUUAGACAUGCAUCUCGUCUUGGUUACCACCCAGAAAACGCUCUUGGCUAUGCAGAUUGGGUCUGCCGUACUUUGAAAAACCUUAACUACAAAGAAGACCCAGAAUUCAAAUAUGUGAUAGAAGGCCUUUACGCCAUCCCUUAUGCUAUGGACCUAAUGGAAUGGUACUUGAACUUUAAUCCAACAGAUGCAUGUGCUUGCGUUAUUAUUGGUAUUUUACAAGAAAGAAGUGGACUUUUGCGUGCCGCACUUGUGUCAUACGGAAAGGCAUUACAAUAUGCGGAAGAUGACAGUAAAAAGAAUGUUGCUCUGCUAAAUAUUGGACGAAUUUUGGUCAGGCUAAAUAAAUAUGAAGACGCGAUCAAGACUUUUAAGGCUAUUACAGAAGCUAGUUUAAAUUCUGCUAGUGGCCUGGCGUUAGCACUCUUUAAGAAAGGGCUCUAUGAAGAGUCUUAUACAGCUUACGACACUGCUUUGCACUGGUUAAGUAAUGACGAUGAUGAGAAAGCAGAUUUACUUGUAGCUAUGGCAGGCAUUGUUUACAUGUUUAAAGGAGCCGAUGAUGCAAAGACAAUGCUAUUUCACAGCAUUCAAAUAUCGCAGAAGAAACCUACUGCUUAUAGUUUGUUCGCAAUUUGCUCUCUUGGAUUAAUUCACUUUGAUCAAAGUUUAUUCAAGUUGGCCCUUAGUGAGUUACAGAAAUACGAAAAAGAUAGUAAUUAUGGAUUCGAUAUUGGAUUUUUAAGGUCGUACAUGUCUGUCUGCCAGGAGAAUGUAGAAGAAGCAAUAAAGCUAUUGAGUGAAUCACUUCAUGAUCACCCAAGUAAUGCUCUUUUAUGGUACUGCAUGGCCCAGUACUGCCUCAGAGCAUCGAACACGAGAGCUAAGGUGGCAAGUUGUUGUGCUCAGAGAGCUAUAUGCUCUGCUCGCUACGAUGAGUGUAACUGUGAGCCUUCUAAAAUGAUUGCCACAGCCAGUAUCGCUGAACAUAUAGCAGGAAAUCACGUCAAAGCGUUGAUGUUAGCUAAAGAGGGUUUGCAUGUGUAUCCAUGCCGAGCUGAAAUAUGGGCAGCACUUUUAUUUUCUUUGGUAACACAUAAGUCAUGGUCAGACAAGAGUGAAUGGAUUGUCUGUGCUGCAAGUUAUAUGCGUCGGCAUCUCGAAAUAUCACGACCAUUGAGUAGAUGGGUCGGUCUUUUGGAAAAGAAACUUCAGAAAUAAGGAAAUCAUGGUGCUAUUGUAUAAGUCUUUAUAUUUUUAUUUCAAAGUAUGAUUUGUUUUAUGCUUUAUGUAUUGAAUAGUGAUUCAAAAUGAACUCAGUACAACACAUUUCAGACUAUUACUAUGUUUUCAUUAUAAUUAUCUGGAAUUCUUCUGAACACAGC